AUGAAAUGCAAGCAUAAUAAAUAUAAUAGGAAAAGAAUUAUAUUAAAAAGAAAUACUGAUAUACUGGAUACUACUCCAGAAAUAUCAAAUCCAAAUAAUGUAAAAAAUAACACUGAAUAUGAUUUUAAAUCAAAUAAUCAAAUACCAGAUAUUACAAUAUCAGGUCUUCGUUUACAACCAAAAGACAAUUUAACAAAAAGUAUUGACGGAUAUACAAAUGAUGGGAUUCCAAUUGUUGAAUCAAAAACUGAAAUUAAAAUUGUUGUUUUUGGUUCCAAUCUUCAAUACGUUAAUUACAUUGGUUUUACAAUAACUGAUAACUGCAAUGAUAUGACAGUAACUGUAUCUAAAAAAAAAUUUAUAAAUGUAACAAGUAAAAGUAUAAUAUUUGUAGCUGCACUUCCAGAUAAAGAAUCAAUCUACAGAUUAUGUUACCAUUUAUCAACAAGUAAUAAUAAAUAUAUAUUUAUUAAAGAAGAAAACAUAAAUAUAUCCACAAAACUUGUACCAAAAAAAUAUAUAAUGCCAUUAUGGAUUCAAAUACUUGUUAUUAUUUUUUUUGCUGUAUUAUCAGGAUUAUUUUCUGGUUUAAAUCUUGGACUUAUGACAUUAUCACCUCAGGAAUUGGAAUUAAUUACUAAAUCAGGAAGUGAACAAGAUAAAAAAUAUGCUGAAGCAGUGAUGCCUAUAAGAAAAAGUGGAAAUUUUCUUUUAUGUUCACUUCUUAUUGGUAAUGUUUUAGUGAAUUCAGCAAUUUCAAUAUUAAUGGACGAUUUAACUAGUGGAAUAGUAGCAUUAAUUGCAUCAUCUGCUGGUAUAGUAAUAUUUGGUGAAAUUAUUCCUCAAUCUCUUUGUGUUAAAAAAGGUCUUGCUGUUGGUGCAAAUACUAUUUGGAUAACAAAAUUUUUUAUGUGUAUUACAUUUCCAGUAUCUUAUCCAUUAUCAAAAAUUCUUGAUAUCUUUAUUGGUGUAGAAGUUUCAUCAUAUGAUAGAAAAAAAUUAAUGGAAUUAAUAAAAAUGACAACUAAAGGUGAAUCAGCUAUGGAAUUUAAAAUUGCUUUUGGUGCUAUGGAAAUAACUGAUAAAACUGUUAAAGAUGUCAUGACAAAAAUAGAAGAUGUAUUUAUGUUAUCAGAGACAACUGUUCUUAAUGAACAUAAGGUAACAGAAAUUGUUAAUAUGGGAUAUACUAGGAUACCAGUAUAUGCAAACAAUGAUAGAAAUAAUGUUGUUAAUCUUUUAUUUAUUAAAGAUCUUGCAUUAAUGGAUCCUGAUCAAAAUUUUACUGUUAAAACAGUUUGUAGUUAUAAUCAACAUCUUCUAAGAUUUGUAAUUGAGGAUACACCAUUAAAAACAAUGUUAGAAGAAUUUAAAAAAGGAGAAUACCAUUUAGCUAUUGUUAGAAAAAAAACAAAAAAUAAUAAUGUUGGUGAACUUUGUGGUUUGGUAACUCUUGAAGAUAUUCUCGAAGAAAUAUUAAAGGCAGAAAUUAUUGAUGAAACUGAUGUAGUCAUAGAUAAUAGAGACUCCUUAAAAAGAAUUUCUUUUGUUGUAGAACAAGAAACAACAAAAGAAGAAAUUACGAAUGAUAAUAAUGAAGAUAAUAAAAAUAACAAUAUCAUAUUUAAUAUUUCAAGCGAAGAAGACAAAUCAAAUACUAUAUCAUAUUUUGAUGUAUCUAGUAUGGAAGAGAAAAAAGAUUUAUACAAAUUACGUAAUGAAAAUUUAAAACCAAGAAUAUUAACUUCAACACCAAUUACAAAACGUGUUAAAGAAAGUUCUUCAACAUCUUUUCCAGAAUCACAAAAGUCAGAAGAUUUUAUUAGUGAUAGAAAUGAGAAAAAUAAAAAAAAGACGGAAAAAAAAUUAAUCAAUGUUAAAAAAGGAAGAGUUUCAAAAAUAAAUAUAGAGGAAAAAAAAGAAGUAUUAAAAAGAAGGUAUCCGCUAAGGGAUCGAAAGCCUGUGUGCAGAUAUGGUUUUAAAGAUUAUUAA